AUGAUAAUUCAUCUGAGGGCUCAACCAAUCGACCCGGAUCUAACGGCGAAACUACUGGGCCGUGGAGUGGCUGUAUCGCCCGUGGUAACCGUUGAACCUCGUCGACGUAAGUUCCAUAAGGCCAUAACCCUCAGCAUGCCGGCACCGCGUGCGCACAGCCAAGGAAUGAUCAAUCAAUACUCAGGCAAUGCUCCAACAUUACGACUUCUGUGUUCCAUCACCGGUGGUACAACACGUGCUCAAUGGGAGGAUGUAACGGGAUCCACCCCACUAACCUUUGUGAAUGAUUGCGUCUCAUUCACGACUACCGUGUCCGCCCGAUUUUGGUUGAUGGACUGUCGUAAUAUAGCAGAUGCAACAAAGAUGGCAACUGAAUUAUACAAAGAAGCCAUACACGUACCGUUUAUGGCCAAGUUUGUCGUAUUCGCCAAACGCACCGAUCCGUUAGAGGCACGCCUCCGUGUCUUCUGCAUGACAGAUGACCGCGAAGACAAGACCCUUGAACACCAGGAACACUUUACCGAGGUAGCCAAGAGCCGCGACGUGGAGGUACUGGAGGACAAACCACAGUACAUCGAACUGGCCGGUAAUCUUGUUCCCAUUACCAAAUCCGGUGAGCAGCUUAGUUUACCGUUCAAAGCAUUCCGGGAGAAUCGAUUGCCGUUCUCGGUCCGUGUGAAGGACCAACACGCGGAUAUUGUCGGUAGAACAUUGUUCAUGCGCGAACCGAAAAUCGCCAAAGGGGAACCUCCACAGCAACCAAUAUGUAUCUUGAACAUCGUACUGCCAGAAACGAUCAUACCCGAUCAGAUAACAACAAUUGAAGACUCACAGGAUAUUAUAGUACGCGUUGGACGGGCCGCUAGAGUAUCGCCACGUGAUCAGAACUAUCUAGGCGAGCUUCGUGUCGUAGAUAUUUCCAACCUACUCGGGGAAGACUGGAUCAAACUGGCUCCUGAGAUCGGGGUCAGCGAAACUGACGUAGAUAACAUCAUUGCCCAAAACCCAACUAGCAGUGCUCAGCAAGCCCAGGCAAUGUUAAAAAUGUUCCAAUCGAGCGAUCGGAACGAUUUCAACAUUCUAGAAAAUGGUUUACGCACAAUCCAACGAGACGACAUUGUCGAUCGUUGUCUACGAACCUCGGCGACGAGCACCAUGACAACCACUACGGUGACGAUGCGCAAUAAGACUGCAUUCUCGAUCAGUAAACGAAGUCACGAUGUAAGCAUUUUGUCCGAGCAUGAUUCUAUUGCAAAGUUGGUACAAAAAGAUGACAACCAAUAUACAAAAGAAGAGUCUAACAAGUAUUCGGUAGAAGAGAAGCAAGUCGACGAAUCGGAAGAAUCGGAAGAAGAAACCAUCAAGAGAACCGUAGCGGAACGCCGAAAACAGAUCGAGAAACGCUUGUCUGCGGAUCGUUCGAUUCCGGCAUCGACCCAGAAAAAAGAAAUUGUCGAAGAAAUCAUUACAAUCAAACGGGCUAGUGUGAUUGAUGAUACGCGAGCAAAACACGAAGAAGAAAUCCUUAUGCAGAAACCUAUCGACAACACGUACAAAUCUUCGGUGAUACCAGAACCAGUAGUAAAACUUAAAACAGCCACUAUCAAAGAAGGUACUGCCAUUGCUAAAGAUGAAUUCGACCGAGAGCUACAAGAUAAGUUCAAAACUACUCUGAAGAAUGUGGAUGAAUUCGAGCACAAAUCUCAAGUGUUGACAAGCGAAAAAGUGGACACAUCCGCUAGAAUCGUAGAUGAAAUUGCAAAAAAAGAUGUCAAACCAGCUGCAUCGAAAGCCGACGAGCCAAAACCGAAAGACGACAAGAAAAAACCGGACACGGAUGGCGAAGCGCCGAUAGCCAAAGAGCGAGCUCCAAUUCCCACUAAGCGAACAAGCAUAUCACGAGAGGACGAAAUUGAAUCUGGAGUAGUGACUGAGACUCUCAAAAACGUCAGCGACAAAAUAUCGUCAUUCGAAACGAAAUCGUCCGAGUCUAGUAAGCGAACUUCUUGGGUUAACCGAGAAACAUUGGCCCAGGAAGUCCAACUCGAAAAAGAGAUCAUAGCUCAAAAACAGCAGUUCGAAGAAUUAGAAGAGAAGCUACUGAAGCAGCACAAGAAAAUAGAAGAAAAAGAAGAUAUUUCGGAAGUGAAAGAGGAAUGGACUGAAGAGCACGAAAUACUCGCACAGAAAUCCAAACUAGAGAAACAAGAGAAAAGUGAACAUCACUUCCAAGAAACCAAAUCUGAGUUACUUAGUAAAGUUGAGGAAACAGUAACCAAUAUAUCAUCGAAAACAAAAUCUUUUGCGGGUACCGUUCAAGUGGAGGCCUCUCAACUAGAUUCGGCUAACGAUAGCUUCCACCAAGAAAUUCAGGAGUUUGCAGCCCAAAGCUCUCAAACAAAGACAUCAGUAGAUAAGAAAGUAGACAAAACUGUAACAGAGAUGCGCGAUUCAGAAGUGAUAUCCGAGCUCAAAGAAUCUAACCAGCAGAGUAAAGAAUCGAUCGACAGAACAGCCGAGAUGUUUGCUAAAGAAACAGUAGUUAGUUCCGAUGAACCUACUCCAAAAGUUCAGGAGGCAUUCACCAAGGAAAGUUUCGAACACAUUCGAGAAGAAGUUAUAAGUCAAGAUCGCAGCGGCAUGCAGAAGGAAACGGCUGAGAAAACGAAAACCGAAAUUGAAACCGGUGUUCGUCAGGGGGCCGAGAUUUUAGCAGAGAAGAUUUCGGAAAUCGGCGAAGAGUUCCGAAGAACUGAGCAAACAGCGUCAGUUAAGUCAGACCAGCAACCAUCCGUGGUGGAGACUGUAUCGAAAACGAUCACGCAAGAGUUAACCUCAAAAAUUCCCGUCUUUAGUAAGCGACCCUCACCGGAAGAAACUCCAAAACCGGAUGAACUCAGCAAACCGGAGGAACCGACUAAGGAAAAGAGAUCUGAAGAAUUGUCGAGCAUUGUUAAGCAAGCUGACUCUGUAGUAUCCAAAAUUCCGCGAUUCGAUAGUAACAAAACCUCACAUGCUAGAGGAGGAGAAGCUACCGGCAUCAAAUCACCCGAUACGACCACCAUCAAGUCACCAGAAAUAUCUACAACCAAGUUACCAUCUACUACCACUAUCAAGUCACCGGAAACUGAAAGUACUCAUUCGAAAAUACCUGUGUUCAAAGAUCGCAAAGUAUCUGAGCAGUUAUCUAGCGAUUCCUGUGAAACAAUUAUAGCACAGAAAACAGUACGCAUGGAAGGUAGUAUCGAGAGGCCCAUAGAAGCACUUGCCAGCGCUAUGGUCGAAACAGGAGAAAUAACCAGCAAGGAGGUUAAGGAACUUUUGAGUUUUACCCAAAUCGAUGAAACCAUACUAAACGAACUGGUAACGGAGGAUGACCGUGCCGUCACCCCUGACGAUUUUAUAGAUGAGAUUAUUGAGGAAGCUCACGAUACGGUCCUUCUGAUGCAGGAAAAUGAAGCUACUGCGUAUACACUCAAUCUAAGCAGAUCAGAGGACGAUAUUAACGAGAAGUCACCACAUCCAAUUCCUGAUUAUGUGACCGAGCGUGAUCCAGUUGAUGAUAUGGAGGAAGAUGAGCUCGAACAAGAAAAGUGGCAAGACGAUGCUCACUCGGUGGUGCCUGACGAUGCCUCCACUACGGAUCUUGAGGCAUUCCGAGAUUAUCACUGGCUGGAUACACCGGAUUCGGCCACCGCGGCGCAGAAUCUAUCCCCCAGGGCUAGCACCAAACACCCCGUCCAGAAGCAUGGUAUUGUAUUAGCCUCUACCGAAGACUUCGACACACUCAGUCUUCAAUCGUACGACGUAGGAGUCGAACGUAAACCAUUACACGACAGUGACGAAACGACUUCAACGACUCGGGCUUCCAAAGCUCGGAAAGAGUUUAACUUAGACCUGGACACUGACGCAACUAUUCCGGGUAAACCCGAACGCAAGACUCACUUCGAAACGCACUCUAAUCAGGGCACUUCACCGAUGACAGAUAUCGCCGAAUCACCGGACAGUGUACAUCACUAUGCAAAGGGGGAAUCACCGGCAAUUAAACUUGUUAUUGGACGCAAAGAGAUCAAAACUUCCGAUACGUCAGCCAUUACCGAGAGUCGUCUGACUGUCUAUGGACAUAAAGACGUCGAAAUUUCCAUCAGUUCCCAAUCGACGAUUAGCUUGACUACCACAACUACUUCCAAAGAUGGCCGCGAAAUAAGUUCUGAAGUGAUUAGCACUGGAACGCCGGCAAAAGACUCGACAACUACCAAGCGCUAUAAACAGUUCAAACUAAUCGACGACGAUCAAGGCUCAGAACGUGUCGAACGAAAACGUGACGAUACAGUUUCGUUUUCUAAGAAGAAAAGUGUGUACUUGUUUGGAAGUUUCGAUUCCAGCAGCGAUUCACCGAUAACCGAGGGCAGUGGUUCUGGUCAUGUAACCGAUACGGGCAUUUCUCUAACAAGAGGUUUCACCGAAACCAUGACAUCGCCGGGAAUCGUUUCGUCAUCCGAAGAAAAGAAUAAAAAAAUUAGUAUUGUAACCGAUACUGCCGUGGAUGUAGAAAUAGAAGAACUAGAACUCACCGAUGCAGGUCUAAGCCCAAUACUACCUGACGAAACCGAUGUUACGGCCGAUUUCCAAAUGGCAGAUGAAGACGUUCACUAUGCACACAUGGGGACAAGUCCGGUCGAAUUCGAGGAACAGUCAAUUUCCGCAGCAAUGGAUACUUCCGAAGCAGCAACACUAACGGACCGGGUGGAAACUAAAGACGCUUCUAACAGUCCAUUAGAUACGAAUAUAAUUUCAAUUCUGAAACGAGAUCUGACCAAAAUUACCGACGAAGAAUUGUUAACCGGUCGCCGAGGAUCCGGGGACGUAAAAGCAAAAGUAAAAAUUCUAGAGCAAAACCAGAAAAUCCAAAGCGCACAUAGCUCACCCAAGAAGAAGGUUGAAUUUGAAGACUAUCAAAACAAGAGCAGCGAGAUUUACGAAUCUCCCAAGAAGCAAAAAAUUGCUACUGCUAAAAUAAAUGAACUGAAAAGACUGUUUGGAGAAGAGCAAGAGCCAGAGGAAUCGAAUAUCAUGUCACAAUCAAUUCCACCGAUUCAUGAAGUUAUCAAGCAGCUAGAGAAGCGUAUCGCGAUUGAACAAAUAGACAAAAAAAUACAAGAUCAGCUUGACUCAUCCGCUGUUCGAACACUGCCACCGCCAGCUGUUAAAAAAGAAACGUUUUCUGAACAAGAACUUUCCGAUCUAGAAACUCAAAUAAUUCCAACCGAUACACUCCAGUCGAUGGCAGAGCCAGUACUUGCUGAUCAAACUGAUGAAGAAAUAAAACUAACGAAACUUAUUCGCGGUGUGCAACAACUUGGUCUACAGGAACAGCAGAAACGCCAGCUGAUUCAAGAUAACCAGGAAACGGAGUUCAAAACCAUACUCGAUGAACCAGUUUGCGAAAAAAUAGUUUGCAAAAAAUACGUUCCUGGUUUGACCGAGGACGGAACAGAAGAGUUUGAACGUUCGAAACGUGCUAAUGAGCUUAUUCAGAUGUUUGAAAGUAAACAACCUAAAGAUGAAACACCACCACGGAGUCCAAAACGAACUCGUACCAAGUCGGACGAAUCAGCAAGAGCGAUUCUAUCAGCAAUCGAAAUUGAAGAGACAGUUCAUAGUCAUUCGAUCAUAGCUGAAACUGAUGAGAACCGAAGAGAUCAACAAAUAAUAGAGUUGGAGCAGUUGGAGAGCCAAUCCCAUUCAAUUGGUAAGGUAAUCAUUAAAUCUGAUACUAAUGUAACAGAACGUGAUUCUUUCCAACGAGAGCAAGAAAGUGAAUCUAAAAUUAUUGCACAGUAUGAAGAAAAGUUGAGACAUGGUGAAAUAUCAAAACUAGACCAUGGUUUGCUUCGAAUGUUUGAUAAAAAUGAGCAUAUUGGAGUCCGUGUGGAAAAGAUAACGAAGCAAGGAAUACUUUCGAAACAAGCGAUGUUAGAUCGUUCACCCGAAGAACUUCAAAAGUCAGUAGCAGAUAUCAAAGCAAGAUUCGAUGUACUCCUCCAACAAGAAUCAACAGACCAAUAUAUGCAGUCAAAAAUAGACAAAAAGUUGAAACUACAUGAAUUGAAACCAACACCUGAACAACUUAUAUCAACACAAAAGGAUUCAAAAACCAUAUCAAAAUAUACGACGGAGCAUAAGGACGUUGACGAUAGCGUAGCGAAGAAACACGUCGAAGAACUCCAGCAAAGGAUAGCUGCUUCUUCAGUUUACGAGUCAGAACCAAAUAAAACUGAGGAGCCAAUAUCUAUUGUGACUGAAGAAACUGAAUCGAAGGAAAAUAAAAAAGGAAUCAAGACUGACACCAAAUACAUCGUAGAUCAACAAACAAAGAAAGCAGUCUCUCCAGUUUUCGAAAAAAAUCCAAUUGAAGCUAAGAAACCAGUUUCUUCUGUGACUGAAAUUGCAACUGCAGAACACGAAACUGAGGAAACUAAAGACCAAAUUACGACUGAAAGAAAACACGUCGAAGAACUACAUGAAACGAAAUCAGUGUUUCCAGUUGUUGAAUCCAAACCAGAUGAAGCUAUGAAACCAGUUUCUGCAGUAACUGAAAUUGCAACUAAAGAAGCAGAAACCGAAGAAGCUAGAGACGAAAAAGUAGAAAUUGUGCAAGUUACAGACGAAAUUACGACUGAACCCAAACACGUCGAAGAACUACAUGAAAAGAAAACAGUCUCUCCAAUUGUGGAAUCCAAACCAGAUGAAGCUGAGAAACCAAUUUCUCAUGUGACUGAAAUUGCAACUGAAGAAGCAGAAACUAAGGAAACUAAAGACGAAAUCACGACUGAAACCAAACACGUCAAAAAUCUACAUGAAAAGAAAACAGUCUCUCCAAUUGUGGAAUCCAAACCAGAUGAAACUCAGAAACCAGUUUCUCAUGUGACUGAAAUUGCAACUGAAGAUGCAGAAACUGAGGAAACUAAAGACGAAAUCACGAUUGAAACCAAACACGUCGAAGAACUACAUGAAAAGAAAGUAGUCUCUCCAGUUGUAGUAUCGAAACCAGAUGAAACUAAGAAAAUAAUUUCUCCUGUGACUGAAAUCGCAACUGAAGAAGCAGAAAUUAAGGAAGUUAAAAACGAAAUUACGACCGAGACCAAACAUGUCGAAGAACCACAUGAGAAGAAAUCAGUCUCUCCAGAUGUCGAUUCCGUACCAGAUGAAACUGAAAAACCAGUUUCUCCUGUGACUGAAAUUGCAACUGAAGAUGCAGAAACUGAGGAAACUAAAGACCAAAAUGAAACUGAGAAACCAGAUUCUUCUGUUACUGAAAUCGCAAAUGAAGAAACUAAAACUAAGAGAGUUAAAGAACCAAUUACGACUGACACCAAACACUAUGAAGAAAUUCACGAAACGAAACUAGUCUCUUCAGUUGUUGAAUCCAAACCAGAUGAAGCUGAGAAACCAGUUUUUCCUGUGACUGAAAUUGCAAUUGAAGAAGCAGAAACUGAGGAAAUUAAAGACGAAAUUACGAUUGAAAUUAAACACGUCGAGAAACUACACGAAAAGAUAGAAGCCUCUCCAGUUGUCGAAUCCAAACCAUUAAAUGUUGAGGAACCAGUUUCUCCAGUUAUAAAGUCAGAUGCAAUCAAAUGUGACGCUUUUAAAACAAUGCUCAGCAAUGUUUCUGAAAAGCAUGCAAAUUUGGAUCAGAAAAAGCAGAAUGACUCAUUUGAAUUGAAAUUGAUCAGAGAAGUUGAAAAAUUUUCUAAGUCCACGGAUCAUGUGCUCCAGAAAGUCUCUGCAGAGCUUCAAGAAGUAGCGCAAAAAUCAGGAUACACUUUUGAUGUCAGCAAAAGACAAUAUCCAGAUACAGAACGAGUUGAUAAAUCUGAUUUUUACGGACCAUCUGAGCGAUCAGAUAUUCCGGAAGAUCUGAGAAAAGAAGAAACACGCCAGGAAGACACUAGAAAGAGUUCAUUUUCUGCAGUUGAAGGAUCGGUAUAUGACGACGAUUCUCCGUUACUUACGGAUUUCACAACAUCAUCUAUGACCUAUGUUAGUGAACGAAUUGAUUCGUCUUCACUUGAGCUCAUGGCAGGAGACGGCUUUGGUGAUUUUUUGAAAGUUACACCUGUAAGCAGUAAACCAGAUGAAGUGAAACUAGAGGGACAAUCUCCUGGUUCAUGUAUUUCAUGCACAACAACCGCAAGUGAAACAAUAGAUUCAUACAAACACGCAGAGAAAAUGAUAUACACCGGUGGAUCUCUUCGACAAGACGUACAGACCGAAUAUGAACGAUCGAUUUCGUUGAGUGACAAUGCUGCGUCUGAUUUUUCAGCCGAUUUUAACAUGAAGCAUUAUUUACCGUACGAUACGGAAUCUGAUAGCCAUGAUGGAAUGACAGAAUCACCAAAAACGCGAGAAGAUCGAGUAAAAACAGAUGAAAUUCAAGGAACAAAACAGAUGAAGUCCUGCAAGUUGAUGUCGAUAGAUCCACGUCAUGAAUCGGCAUCACCGCAGAGUGAUAUCACCGAAUACACAGAAAGUGUAUCCUAUGUGGAGUCAAUUAUUGACAGUACAAAUUACGAGAAUGCCUUGAAACAGAAGGAGCCACUUUUCGAACAACAAAAGCAAGAUGAAAAAAUUGAUAUUCAAGAGAAAGAGAUUGUAUUAACAAGUAAAAUAGAAAAAGAAGAUAAGCCAACAAAGUUGAACGAGAAAUUCAAUGUGGAUAAGAAAGAAUUAACUCAGGAAAAGAAAAAGCCCAAAACCAAAGCAACUGUGACAAAGAUUAGUUUACAAAGACAACCGCUUGUCGGCAUUUCCAAACAAUCCAGUAAAACUAUUGAUAUCAAAUCUGGUUCAAAAAGUGUGGAAUAUUCGUCUAGUACUACCCGAACAACGACGGUAUCACGCACUUACACCAACACCAAAACACACGGAUACAUGCAAUCCACUCUGUCCCGGGACCAAAAGGUAUUAAAACCACUUAAACAAAGUGAAUCAGCAAAUUCUUCUCCGGCGAAGUCUUCCUACCGCUCAGCAUCGACUGUAGCGCAGUCAGCCGAUAGAAAAACCAGACCAUCAAGAGAAACUUCCAGUAGCAGAUCGGAUGCACCAGCUACAAAACUCGCCAGCAAAACUGAUACUGCUACUUCCAGUUCUGUGAAAAAACAUGAGCCUAAGCCAGUUGUGCAAAGCACUAAGCCUACCAAAACUUCCGAUAGACCGAGCAGAUCGUCAUCGUCGACUGUAACUAGCAGUACCAGUCGAUAUCAUCGUUCCAAAUUAUCCACAGAACUGGACGAUAAACAAAAGCAAACCGUCAAGAAAGCCGACAAAGAACAAGCCAAUUUAGCUACAAAAACUACAGUAAGCGCUUCCAAGAGCACAAAAGAGCGUACCAAUAAAAGUUUGAUUCCGGUAAAGGUUCAAAAUGCGAAGGGAUCGCCGACAAAAGAAUUACAAAAAUCAACACUAGACAAAACUCAGGUGAAAAAAACUGAUAAAUAUACCGAAGAAAAAACUACGCAAAUUACAAUCAUAACGACCACAAAGUCCACUGAUGCCUUUACCACUGAUGUGCAAACGACAACAUCAGCAACGACUGGCUUUGUCAAAACUGCACCCAGGGUAACGAAAACAGUACACACGUCCGGGGAUUCGAAACAAGACGAUACCUACCGGUGCAAAUCCGCUAUGCACUAUUCGUACAAAGAUGCCGUCACAUUCGAUCACGCCGAAAUUCCAUCUUCGUUGCCAUCUAGUCCGAGCCGUCUCAAUAAGAGUUCCUCUAACAGUACAAAUGUGUUGACAAGUGAAGUAUUUACACGUACCAUUGACUCGUCCAAAUCAAUUGAAGUGAUCUACCGACAACCAUCUACAUCGAACGAACUGAUACGCAAGAUAAACGAGUACCGUUACAAUGACAUUGACUUGACCACUGACUCCAGUUUGUCUGACUCAAUCGCGCUACCGUCAUCAUCAUCCGAGCAUGAAAGUGAUGUGCUCGGCAAACGCAAACGUUCCGGAAGUCCAGCGUCACCUAAAGCGUACACUACGACAUCGUCUACGAGCACCACGACUCGUAAACAGGCCCAAAUUGUGAGCGAGCAAAGGUAUCGUAAAUCGGACAUUUGGGUGCGAACCGGUACCCCGCCGGAAGUCCUGCCCGAUGGUGACGACGAGAUCUAUCAGGCGUUACAUGCCGAUCGUCGCACAGUAGCAUCACUAGAUGGGAUCGUGAUGGAAAGUCGCAUCUCACCGAUACUUGACUUCCGUGCGUCUACGCCGCCUCGUCUGAAGUAUAAGUUUGAUUACGAUAGUUCCCUGUUUACAGGUAAAUGUUUCUACUCCUGCUCGCAAAUCUAA